CAGACCUUGAUUGAAGUACCAUCUGCGCGUUUGCUUGACCCGCUCUGCUGUCUCCGACGACGACGUUCUUUUCCGUGGUCUGACAGCUUGCUGAUCUGCAACUCAACCCCCACUUUCCAAACGAGCUUGCGCCGGACACGCCAUCGCCAUUCGAUAGCCAUCUUUCUUCCUUCUGUUUGGGACUUUCGUCUGAUCUGCAAUCCAACAAUCAUGUCGUUUGCUGAAGCCCUGGCUGCUUGCGGUCGCGGCGACGCCCCUGGCGAUGCGCCAGAUUCGUCUUGGCUGACCACCGCUUCCACCUUCUACAUUUAUUGCAAGCACUUGGAAGAGGAUGCCAUCUGGCAUCAGCACGAAGAUGCCCGUCAUUCAUACGCUGUGCCUCAGGCCCCCUUGGCUGCAGCCAAAAGGGGUGCUGAUUUGGGUGCCUGUCACGACGAGCGCCCUCACACAGCCGCUGACCGUCGCAACUCACACAGCUCAUCCAUGGACGUUGAUACUGCUGAUACCAACCCCAAGCCCUCCGCGCAACACCACGAGUAUCGGCCUCCACACUUGCACCAUCAGUCCUCCACCUACUCAGAGCAACCCGUCGUGUCCAAGCGUCCACGACCUGGCCCUGUCAUCUCGCCUCAACCGCCAACCGACGAGCACCUCGAUGACCCGACCGAGCCCUUCUGCCAGCGUCGUGGCCUGGGCCUCUCCCUUCCCCAACGUGUCCCGCAUCUUUUCGAUGAGCACUCCACGCGCCCGGGGGAUGUGGGAUCCCCGCUUACCGAUGAUGCCGUCGUCACAGCUGCUCAAGGGCAGGCCUACGGCAUUGCCCGCAACCUUCACUUGUGCUAAAGCCCAACUGCCACGCUGCGGAUGGCAGGCUGCGGAUGGCAGGCUGCGGAUGGCAGGCUUGCCGGCCCUAAACCUCUUUGAUUACCUGACUUGACACGUGAUUCUCGGGGGCACAUUUCGGUCCUCCCUAUAGCGGGGGG